AUGACCAUCAUUACUGUGAACUGUAACAUACACAAAUCGAGGAACAUCCCCAAGUCAUUAAAAUCCACAACAUUGCCUCACAUUGAGACCAAAGAAGAGCUACUUAAACAGUUUCCUGACAGAUUUCAGGGAAUUGGAAAAUGUCCUGGAGAAUUUCAUAUUACAUUGGAAGCAGAUGCGGAACCAGUGGUACAGCCACCCAGAAAAUAUCCAAUACAGUUGAAAGACGAACUUAAAACAGAGUUGGAUAAGAUGGAAAGCCUUUCUGUUAUUACAAAAGUUCAAGAACCAACCGACUGGGUAUCGUCAAUAGCAUUUAGCAGAAAGAGUAAUGGCAAGUUGAGGGUAUGUCUAGACCCAAAAGAUCUGAACAAGGCUAUAAAUAGAACUUUUCACAAAACUCCAACCCUUGAGGAAAUCACACAUAAGUUCUCUGAAGCUCGUGUUUUUAGCAAACUGGAUGCCAAACAUGGUUACUGGAGUAUCGUUUUGGAUAGUGAAUCCAGCUAUCUAACGACUUUCAACUCUCCCUUUGGCAGGUAUAGAUUUCUCAGACUACCAUUUGGACUGAAAGUGUCACAAGACAUAUUUCAAGAAAAAAUGGAUAUGAUUCUCGAGCAGUGCCCUGGAACACUAGGCUUUACAGAUGAUAUUGUAGUGUUUGGAAAAAAAUGA